GAUCCGCGGGCGCGGCAGGGGAAAUAUUGCGAAGGGCGGGGCGGAGUGGCGAAGGAGGAGCGGAAGUGACGUCGCGCGGGGCGGGUCCGGCCGCGCACAAUGGGCCAUGGAGUUCCCGUUCGAUGUGGACGCGCUGCUCCCGGAGCGGAUCACGGUGCUGGACCAACACCUACGGCCCCCGGCCCGCCGACCCGGAACCACAACGCCGGCCCGUGUUGACCUGCAGCAGCAAAUUAUGACUAUUGUAGAUGAACUGGGCAAGGCUUCUGCUAAGGCCCAGCAUCUUCCUGCUCCCAUCACCAGUGCAUCAAGGAUGCAGAGUAACCGCCACGUUAUGUAUGUACUGAAAGAUACUUCAGCUCGACCGGCAGGAAAAGGAGCCAUUGUUGGCUUCCUUAAAGUUGGAUACAAGAAACUCUUUGUACUGGAUGAUCGUGAGGCUCACAAUGAGGUAGAACCACUGUGCAUCUUGGACUUUUACAUCCACGAGUCACUUCAGCGCCACGGCCAUGGGCGAGAACUCUUCCAGUAUAUGCUACAGAAGGAGCGAGUUGAACCACACCAACUGGCCAUUGACCGACCUUCACAGAAGCUGUUGAAGUUCUUGAAUAAACACUACAAUCUGGAGACCACAGUCCCACAGGUGAACAACUUUGUGAUCUUCGAAGGCUUCUUUGCGCAUCAGCAUCGGCCCCCUGCUACCUCUCUGAGGGCAUCUCGACACUCUCGUGCUGCUGCGGUCGAUCUUAUGCCCGCUGCUCCAGCGAGGAAGCUGCCACCCAAGAGAGCAGAGGGAGACAUAAAGCCAUACUCUUCUAGUGACCGAGAGUUUCUGAAGGUAGCAGUGGAGCCUCCUUGGCCCCUAAACCGGGCCCCCCGCCGUGCGACGCCUCCAGCCCACCCACCCCCUCGCUCCAGCAGCCUGGGAAACUCACCAGAACGGGGUCCCCUCCGCCCUUUUGUGCCAGAGCAGGAGCUGCUGCGUUCCCUGCGUCUCUGCCCCCCACACCCCACCGCCCGCCUGCUGCUCGCCACAGACCCCGGGGGCAGCCCGGCCCAACGUCGCCGCACCAGCUCACUUCCCCGCUCUGAUGAGAGUCGAUACUGACAGACAGCUAACCCCUCCCCUCUCUGGGGUACCUGGUGAGGGCAGAGACCCCUCUCCCUGAGAACCCCGAAUGUGCUCUCCCAUGCCUCCCCAGCAUCUAGAGGAACCUGACAGCCCUUAGGAUUCCCUCUUCCCCUUCCUUAGACAACUGGGUUGUUAGGGUCCCAGAUGGCCUAAUACUUUGUAGCUUUUCUUACCACAGAAAGCACUCUUUCUCUCCUAACUUGGGCUCUGAACACCCUCCCACGGACAGCCUGAUUCGCUGCCAGACCUCUUGGUUGGGCGGCUCAUACUAAUUAUCCAGAGAAGCACACUCUUGCUCUUGCUUGCUGUCAGAUUCUAGAACACCAUGGAAGGUCCAAGGGCCGCCUCUGCCAAGGAAACCUUUUAAAGAGUCUUGUCCAUGGAAUAAAUCCCACAGUCCCUCUACACUGUCUGCUGGUAGCUCUAAUACUGCUCUCUCCUGCCGACCACACCUACCCUGUCGGCCUGCUAAGCGGCCAGUGAAUGAGCUCUGCUUAAGAGCAGUGCAGUUGAGCAGGACAGGGACUUCCCAGCUCCCCAGAAGGAUCCACUCAGCAUUGCCAAACUCUUCAUUUCCACGUUUCAUGUAUGUGUAUGUCAGGGAACCCCCGAGCUGAUGUCUGCUUUGGGGCUCUAAAGACUCACCACACUUCUACAGACACCACCAUUUCCCCCACAUCCAGGUUCUGUGAGGGAGUUUGUUUCUUGGCAGUAGAUCCAGCAAGCACCCUAGUUCACUCUUAGCCAAGUUUCAGAAGCUAAGCCUGAGUUUCAAGGAUCUAUGAGCUCCUGGAAUAACCUCUCACAUCCCUCCCUCCCCAGUAGCUAGAUGCUGAUAGAUUCCUGUCGUGUGAGAUUGUCUUGAGAUGAUGGGGGAACUCUUCCUCUGGCCUUCCUUUUUUCUUUCCUCAAUAGCAAGAACCUUUGUCCCUGCUCUGUACCCAGGGAAUAGAACAUCCUCCCCACUCCCUGCCCUCUGAAUGUGUGCUAGAUCAGGUGCCCCUACUGUGUUCCCCAAAAUCCUUGGGAGCAGGAUCUCCCUCUCUUCCGACUCACUCCUUUUUCUUCUCCCUCUCAGUGUUGUCUGAAUAAAGUGUGAAUUCGUUUGUGUUUUUUAAAUGGACAUUUUCAAUGAAAAAAACUACAAAAAAAAAAAAGAAAACCAAA